GUGCUGCUCUGCCUGCAUGUAGAGUAAAAACUCUUGUACUAGGAACAGGCUAGUUUUCAGAAGUCAGUUAUGUCAUAAGAACCUAGUGAGUUCUAGAAGACUGGCACUUGCUCAAACUUCUCUGGAAGUGGACAUCUUGAGGGAUUCCCCUCCACCCCCUCCAAAAAAACCAACAACCUAUAGAUCAAUAAUUAACACAAUUGUGGGAUUCUUCCAAGUACCUGAGCUCUGAUGGAGAAGAGGGAAGGUUCGGCCCUUACAUGAAGAAAUGCUCACUUACCUAAUCUAGAAAUGUCAAGGCAUGACAGACUUUAGGGAAGCAAGAAAGCAAUUUGAGAAGGCAAGAUAACACUGUUGAGGACUAUAUCACUGAGACCACUGAAGAGACUAAGACUGAGGAGUCUCAGUUAGAUAUGUUUAGAUCCAAAGGUCCUUCAUCUCCAGCCUUAUGGACGACACGACGGGAUGGAGAAGUUAAACUAAGGCUAGACCAACAUGGUAUUGGUAGUGAGAAACCAAAGACUGUUAAUGAACUAUUACAGGAAUCUGUUAGGAAAUAUGGUGACUAUUUUGCCCUUGCAUCGAAGAAGGGAGACAAGUGGAUCAAGCAAACUUAUAGGCAAUACUAUGAGGAAUGUCGGAAGGCAGCAAAAAGCUUCAUAAAGUUGGGAUUGCAGCGUUUCCAUGGAGUGGGCAUUUUGGGAUUUAAUUCUGCAGAGUGGUUUAUUGCUGACAUUGGAGCUAUUCUUGCAGGUGGUUUUGCUGUUGGCAUCUACACCACAAACUCUCCUGAAGCCUGCCAGUAUGUAGCAGAAAACUCUGGUGCUAAUAUCCUGAUUGUAGAGAAUGACAAGCAGCUGCAGAAAAUCCUAGAAGUUCAGCACAAGCUCCCUCUUCUGAAAGCAAUCAUUCAGUACAAUGACGAGCUUAAGGAGAAAAGACCAAAUCUCUACACUUGGAGUGAAUUUAUGAGCCUUGGCCGUGACAUUCCAGAUUCCCAGCUUGAUACAAUUAUUGAUUCCCAGAAGCCUAAUCAAUGCUGUACACUGAUAUAUACCUCAGGAACAACUGGACAGCCAAAGGGAGUUAUGCUCAGUCAUGAUAAUAUUACUUGGACUGCAUUAUCAGCAGGGCGCUACGUACGUCUAACAGAAGGUCCAGAACAACAGGAGCUGGUGAUCAGCUACCUUCCCCUGAGUCAUAUUGCUGCUCAAAUGAUUGAUAUUUGGCUGCCAAUAGCAUUUGGUGCACAAGUUUUCUUUGCUCGACCAGAUGCACUGAAGGGCAGCUUAGUAGACACCUUACGGGAAGUGAGACCAACAGCUUUUAUGGGAGUCCCCCGUGUUUGGGAGAAAAUGGAAGAAAAAAUGAAAUCUGUGGGCGCAAAAUCCUCUGCACUCAGAAGAAAAGUGGCAGCAUGGGCUAAAGAAGUAGGAUUACAAACUAACCUGAAACGGAUGAAGGGGUCUUCUGAACUCCCAGUGAACUUCCGUCUAGCCAGGCAGUUGGUGUAUAAAAAAGUUCGGAAGGGUCUUGGAUUGGAUCGAUGCACAAAAUGCUACACUGGAGCUGCCCCAAUUACUAAAGAGACUCUGGAAUUUUUCCUGAGUCUUGACAUUCCCGUGUAUGAGUUGUAUGGCAUGAGUGAGAGCUCGGGACCUCAUACAGUCUCUCUUCCAGAAACAUUCAUGAUCACUAGCUGUGGAAAGGAAGUUACAGGCUGCCGGACAAUGAUUUACAAGCCAGACAGUGAUGGCAGUGGAGAGAUCUGCUUCUCUGGAAGACACAUCUUUAUGGGCUAUUUGAACAUGGAGGAUAAAACCAAAGAGGCAAUUGAUGAAGAAGGCUGGCUACAUUCAGGUGAUCUUGGCAAGCAUGACAAGAAUGGAUUCCUCUACAUCACUGGAAGAAUUAAAGAGCUCAUCAUUACUGCUGGAGGUGAGAACAUCCCUCCUGUUCCAAUUGAAGAUGCUGUAAAGGAAGCUGUUCCCAUCAUUAGUAAUCUAAUGUUAAUUGGAGACAAGGCAAAAUUUCUUUCUAUGCUUCUAACACUGAAGUGCAAUGUCGAUGGAGAAACAGGGGAACCUGAAGAUGACCUUACUCCAGAUGUCAUAGCAUACUGCCUCAAAUUAGGCAGCAAAGCUACCAAAGUCUCAGACAUUGUAGGUGGCAAAGACAAAGCUGUCUAUGCAGCUAUCCAGAAAGGAAUUACAUCAGUAAAUGAGAAAGCAACCUCAAAUGCACAGAAAAUACAGAAGUGGGCCCUCCUAGAAAAGGACUUCUCAAUCGCUGGUGGACAGCUAGGUCCAACCAUGAAACUGAAGAGGCCUGUUGUAAUGAAGAUGUAUAAAGACCAAAUAGACCAGUUCUACACUGAUGUGUGAACCACAUCAGCAAAACCUCUUUCAAAAUCACUUUAGAACUUUGUAUGUCUCGACAGUUCUCCAGCUCUUCCUCUGCUGUGUAAGUGUGUGCUGCUCAUUGCUUCGACUCCAAAUGAAGGAUUAAAUGGAUCUGAAAUAAACCAGGCUUAAAAAUGUAGCCCUGAAAUCUGUGAAUACAUUCCUGACUUCAGCUAUUGGCAAUGCUGUGCUAACACUGUUCCCCUCUUUGGACUUUUUCUAAUGUCCAUUAUCAGCUCAUCAGAUGUGUAUCAUACAGGCACGAUCUCAGCAAAAGUUAAAACUUUGCACUAUGGCAUUUUUUUUUGAAAAACUAUGCUAGAACUUAUAUUUUAUCAAAGCUUUGUGUUUUUUUUAUAUUCAUUUUCAGGAAAAAAAA